UCUUUCAUCUCUAUUUCUUCAUCUUGUUAUCUAUAUUUAUGUUUACUAAGGGAAAUUUGACUUUUAAUGCAUUAAGUGACACUACAUUUAAAAAAUACCCUAUCACUAUAUGACUCUCAUUUUGGUGCUACUAAUGACCUUACUACCCAAAAUAAUUGUAACGCCCUGGUUACCCCAAAAUAGUUACGGUGAACGAUGAACCCGAAAUUUGAUCCGCUAGCCGAGUCCUUUGGUUAAAAACGUGCUCUAAGUGUUACUAACAGGUUAAGGUGGAAAACAAAUAAAAAAGGAAAGGAUAUAUUUUAUUAAGUAUAUAACUGCUCAUGAGCUUAUCAAAACAUUUACAAGUUAUUUACAACUCAAAAUGGUCACUACUAUUUCAAAUUUACAACCCGCCGACCUAAGCGGCAAAAUAGGGUAAACCCCCUAGUUCCUCUAAAAACUCCUUGGCCAUGGUGGUCAAGCGGCCGCAUAUGUACACAUCACCACUAAGCUCUCCACUCAAGGUUGGGUGAGCUUUUCUUUCCCUUUUCCUGCACCACAUAGCACCCAUGAGCCGAGGCCUAGCAAGAAAACACAAUAUAGCAUAAUAUAAUAUCAACAAUGAUCAUAAUAAUCAUUCAGGACUAUCAGUCCAAAACAGAUAGGCGACAGUCACAAAAGUCACUAAAUUGGGAAUAGCUCCCUUCAGCCUAGUGACGAUAGGGCCACCGGGGCUUAAUAGGUAAGUGAACCUUUCAUUAGCUUAAACAGGAUAGGUGCAUGGUGACUGGUCACCAACAUAACCUUCCUCAUGACCAUAGAGUCAUAACCCUAGAACAUCGUUCCCUAGCCAUGUGACAAGCGGUCACCUGGGCCUUAGGCCCUGGCUCUGAGUAAUUAGUCUUAGACUAGCCAAGCGCUUAUAAGUUUCAUUGACCUUAGGGUCAGUCCAGCAUUAAUGCCUUAGAGCCAUUCAAUGUUGAUAUUGAUUAGAUCUAAUCUUCAUUCGGCCCUGCGUUCAGGAUGCUUAUGCCGUUUCUGACUCUUAGGUCAGUGUCCCUGACUAGUCAGUGCCAUAUACAAGUAAACAAUAUUCACUAGCAUUUAAUAUGCAAUCCAUGUCCACAUUUAUCAAUCAACAUGCCUCAAUAACAAUCACACAUGUCAUAUAUACAUAGGGUGCAGUUUUCUUACCUCAGAUUCGAGCUAGAAUGAAUAAAGGAACGACCCUUGAGAACGAUCAACUUUUAGUCUUUCAGCGGUCACCUAGUCAUAACCAAACACGAGACAUCAUCAAAAAAAUGAUCAACAUAGUUUCCCAAACCAAAAUCUAGCCUCCGGGACAUCAAUCCAAACUAAUCCAAGUAGUAGGAACAAUCCCGAGGCCUAAAACUAUGUUCCCAGGGUCAAAACACACAAACGGGCUCAACCCUGCUCAAGGGCUGCGGCCCUGGCACCUUGGGCCGCGGCCCCCAGCCACCACUGAAGCAAGGGCCGUGGCGCCCAACAUCAAGGGGCGCGGCUCCCAGCAAAGGAAAUUUCCCCCACCUGCUUCUUCGAGCUAGGGCCGCGACACCCCAAGAACAGGGCCGCGGCGCCCAACCCAGAACACGCCCAAACUCGUUCUUCAACAUCCCAAAGCCUCCAAAAUGAUGCCUAAACAUUACCAAACCAUCAAAUCAAAGUUCCCAAGCUUCCCAAUGGUCCAAAACCAUCAAAACCCAAUGUUCAAUCAAACCAAAAACUCAACGGUUCACAAAAUCCAAUUCAAAGCUUAGAAACUCUAAAAACUCAAAACUUAAACUUAGAUUACCUUCGAUUGGGUUGUUUCUCGUCAAAUCCUUUGGUCAAGAAGCUUCUAAUCUUUCCUAGGAUCUCUAUGCCUCGAUCCUCACUGUAUUCAGACUCCUAGAACUCGAGAUUUCUUCAGAAAGGCUUCAAACAGUAAAAAUGAACUAACGGGAAAGAACGAGAGGUUUUCUAACGUAAGUAACCUCAAAUAAAACCUAGGGCUCGGGGUCCCAAAAACCUCCCCGGGGACAUUAUAGUCAAAACUUCCAGAAUUUCAACAUGCCGAAUAGCUCGAAUAUAUCUCCAUAAUAAUGGAAUCUCAUUCACAAAUCACAAUAUGCACCCCAAAUAUACAAAUAUACCCUUAACGGGCCAAAUUAUCAAAAUAUCAUAAUACUCAAAUGUGGACCCACAUGCAUGCAUAUAACAUCAUAUUAUAAUAUAAUUCAUAUAAGCAUGCAUAUAUUCAUUUAAUGGCAUAAUUAAACAGUUAUGGCCCUCCCGGCCUACUAAUCCUGCCAUUAAACCACAUCGGAGGAUUCGGGGCAUUACAAUAACCCUGGCAUUUUUUCUCAUAGACUCUCUGUAUUCUCUCCCAAAGUCCCGAAGCAAGCAAAAUUUGUAACACUUAAACCCGAUUGAAUCCGUAGAACCCAACCAUUGUCUUCCACGACCACGAACAAGGGCUCCCAAAGGGUCAGAGUUGACGAUCGGAGAAGGGGAAGGAGAAAACGUCGAGCAAGCCGACCAAAGUUUUAGGAAACAACCCCAAAGAAAGCGAAGGUGAGGGAUUUCGUUUUUAAUCUGCAAUAUGUGUAUGUGCUUGGUUUUUUUUUUGUUGAUUUUUGUUCAUAGAUCGGGGCUGGGGAAUGAAGAAAUCUGGGUCUUUUUUUGAGAUUUUUUAUGCACCUCGAUUGAAAUCGAUAGGACUUGAUAGUAUAUGCUAGGGUCUGGAUUUGACUGUGCCUCGAUAGGCCUCGAUGGGACUCAAUAGGACUCGAUGAAAUUUUAGGCUUAUAGAAAUUUUAGCAUAUACCUCGAUAGGCCUCGAUAGGACUCGAUGCUAUUGGCCAAAUGGCUUAUGCAGCCUUUUCCUCGAUAGGACUCGAUGAUACGGGGCUUUGGGAUUUUUAGGACCUACCUCGGUAGGCCUCGAUAGGACUCGAUGAUACGGGGCUUGGGGAUUUUUAGCACCUACCUCGAUAGGCCUCGAUAGGACUCGAUAGUAACCAGAUGAUAUCUUGCUUUGGGAUUUUUAGGACCUACCUCGAUAGGCCUCAAUAAGACUCGAUAGUAACUCGAUGCUAUGAUUCUUUGGGAUUUUUAGAACCCACCUUGAUAGGCCUCGAUAGGACUCGAUAGUAACCCGAUGAUAUCAUGCUUUGGGAUUUUUAGCACCUACCUCGAUAGGUCUCGAUAGGUUUCGAUAGGCCUCGAUAGUAGCUGCCUCGAUGGGACUUGAUAGGCCUCGAUAGUAAUUACCUCGAUAGUGACCAGAUUGUUUUACAUUUUUAACAUUUUUUUUUGUUUUUUUUUUCAGAUGUCUGACCUUAUUGUGUUGUUGGAGAAGCACUUUCCUGACCGUGUCAAUUAUAGGGGUAGUGCCUACUUGGAUACCUUUAUAGAGCAGUUUCGGAGGCAUGGUCUUAUUGAAAGGGCACAAGCAUGCCGUUGGGACAGUUCUUUAAGGUGAAGCCGUUUAGUUUUUAUGGGGUUCUGCUGCAUCAGGUAAUGUUGCAUAAGGUAGAAAGCAAGAAGCCUGAAGAGGGUCAGUUCUACAUGGGCAACACUCUAUGUAGAUUUGGUAUUGCAGAGUUUGCCCUAGUUACCAGGCUAAAUUUUGGGAAAUCACCAUCCCCAGAUGAGUUGAAAGAGCAUCUUUCAAGUGAUCGGAUCAUCCAUGAAUAUUUUAAUGGUGAUUUGAAGGUUAGUUUUGGUCAGUUGGAAGAUGCUUUAAAGGCCUCCACAAACCCAGAAGAUGCAUUUAAGCUGGGUUUGUGCUAUUUGAUAGACGGGGUACUGAAUGCCCCAGAGAAGACAACGACGAUAUGGGGAGAUUCCCUGAGGAUGGUUGAGGAUCUUGAUUACUUUUUCAAGUAUCCAUGGGGGAAGUUUUCAUUUAAGAAGGUUAGCAGAGGAGUUCAGAAAGACAUGAAGAAGCAAUUGAAACACUACGAGGAGAAGAAGAAAGAGGGGUCAAGCAAAAAACAGAAGGAGGCGAAGAAUAGUUUCUAUGGCUAUGCACAUGUGCCUCUUUAUUGGGCCUUUGAGGACAUGCCAUCUCUCGGGAGUAAAUUCAGUGAGAACAGUGAGAACCAGAUACCGAGGAUGCUUAGCUGGGCUACGAAGACUUAUAUCACUAUUUCGACAGCUCAGUUGGUUCCUAUAUUCGCCAACCGUCGAUUAGUGGUAUUUUCCAUGCUGAAGCCACGUCCCGGUGAGGUAGUCUACUACAAUAGCCUCCUAGAAGUUGAUUCCAGGUUAUUCCCUGAGUUGGAAUCAACUGUGGGGGAGGCUGGGACUGCAGCGGAGGAAGUAGUAGUACCUGAGAAGGAGGCAGAGAAGCUGGCAAAAGUUGCAAAGGAAGCCUCCAUUUUUUACGAGGAUGUCCCGAGGGUUGAGGAGGGCACUUCACAGGCCUAUGCAGCUUCAUCUAGUCAGGUUGCCCAGCCUGAUUAUGAGCAAUUGAUGCAAAGGCUCAAGAGGGUUGAGGAGGGCCAGGCAACCUUACUACAGAAUCAGACUACGAUCAUGGCUCAGUUGGCACAGCUACUUUCAGUGGUCUCAGGUCAAUCCACCGACGUAAAAUCAGAUACAUAAUCUGAUAUCUUGCCUGCAGACUACGAGCGCAGUGAUCAACCCUCCACUCCACAAGCCCAGACAUCUAUAGUUGCCAGUGAUGCUGAAAGUCCCAGUGUACGAGUACUGCAACCUGAGGAGGCAGCUGGCCUUGAAGUUGUCAGGAAGAAACGCAGUCCCAAGCAUUUUGAUGAUUUCACCGACCCAACGAAGAAGAUCAAACAAGAUAAACAGGGGCUAGUUGCUGAACCAUUGAGGAAGUGUGACCCACAGCAGGAGAAGAGCUUCCAUAAGUGGAUCAUCGGGAAGAUCGACAACAAGAGAGACUGAAACGUCUAUACUGGGACGCACGGUGUGGCAUGGUUCUUGCAGUUGCACACAGUCCAGACUUGGCUUUGGGAUUCGGUAUGUAAAUUACAUUCAUGUUUUCAAUUCAAUCUUAAAAUAUAUUGAUGGUAAUAACGAAUUUUCAUGUUUUUUCAACAUAUUGAUGCCGCUUUGCACAUGCUACGCCACCGACGCCACUUUUAUCAUGCUGGAUUUCGGCAGGAUUCUGCGAUCAUGAACACCACCUUCCCCCAGGCGUGCCUAGGUCGUUGGAAUCAUUUCAUAGAGACCAGCACUAAGUAUACAUAGGACGACGAUGUGCUGAAAAUGUUGAAGAGCGAUGAUAAUCAAUUCCUUGUAUCAUGGAAAAAUGUGAGUGAAGUAUAUUUUUCCUUGCACGUCGAGAAAGCCGCACAUUGGAUCACCAUUGAAGUCUCCAUUCCAACGUGGUGCAUCAACAUUUAUGAUUCCAACCAUAGCGUGCUCAGUCCCACUCUGAUGGAGGAAGCGAUCAAGCCUUGGUGCUUAUUGUUGCCUUCGUUGUUAUGGUGUUCUGGCAUGUUUGACAACCAUGAGGACCUCCAGGUAUCUCCUGAGCAGAACGCAAAGCCUUUUUCAUAUUGUCGUAUUCCUCCGGAGGAGUGUCCUCAGACUAAGACAAGUGGGGAUUGUGGUAUGUAAGCCAUCAAACAUAUUGAGCAUUUGGUUGCCAUGCUACAACUCGAUACCGUUAUCGAUGAGAACAUCCAGCAUUUCAAGACCAAGUGGUGUGUGGACCUAUUCUAUCAGAAUUUGUCCCCGUGAUGCUCUUUACAUUUUCUUCAUACAUAUCUUGUAUAGUAUAUCAUAUAGUUGUUUUGUAUAUUAUUUUUUAUCAAACAAUAUUUUUUGAAAAAGUUAUUAAAUAAAAAAGUACUA